AUGGUGGGGAUUAAGGGUAUGGGUCCUACCUGGAAGAUGCUGCCACAUCCAAGCAAAACACAUCUACCAAGUCAGCAAUGUAGGCUAGAAGUACCACAUAUUUCUCCGCAGCAUACAAUGCAACACACGCUCACAGGAUUGGCUAUUAUGCUUGCUAUUACUUCUGUGAAACUGACUGGUGAUCAUUACGAACUUUUUAACGAAGCGCUUCGAUGUUAUAUAGAUGGAAUGGCUUCACACCAGUGCGUCGAUUCCGUAAGUCAUCUUGUCACUAGUGGGUCACCCGAUGUACAGGAGACGGCCCUGUUGGAAUAUGAUAAUAAUCUCUUAUCUGAUGAUGCUUCCCAUCAAUCUCGGAUAUAUAAACUAGCGCUAGGAACAACUAUUCUAUUUUAG